GAAAAGUCACCACGUUGUUUGGGAAGCUUCUCCGGUAUAGUUUUAGGGUUUUGUGUGAAUAAUUGGUGAAAUCGAUAAGUGCAUACAUGACAGAUUACUGAAAACUGAACAAUACACAAGAUGAAAAUUUGGAAGAGACUACUGCUACUGGGUCUUUUAGGGUCUAUAUUAACUACAUUAGUCCAAUGUGAAACUGAUGGUGCUGCUGAUGAUGAAGAUGAUGAUGGUGUUGUAGAAGUUGAAGAAGAUGAUUAUGAAGUUCCUAAAAGAGAGAAGCCUGUUUAUAAAAAACCAACAAUAAAAGGGAAUUCGUUUUUUUCUGAGCCAUUUCAUACUAAAGAUGAAUUUUCCAAAAGAUGGGUUCAAUCAGAAGCUAAGAAAGAUAGUACUGAUGAAUCUAUAGCUAAAUAUGAUGGUAAAUGGUUAGUAGAGGAACCAAAAGAAAAUCCUUUAGUUGGAGAUUUGGGAUUAGUUCUUAAGUCUAAAGCCAAACAUCAUGCUAUAUCAUCGAAGCUAGAUAAACCUUUUGAUUUCUCAGGAAAACCCUUUGUUAUGCAAUAUGAAGUUAAAUUCCAGAAUGGUAUGGAAUGUGGUGGUGCCUAUGUUAAAUUAUUGUCUCAAGGUGCGGAAAAGAAUCUGAAAAAGUUUCAUGAUAAAUCACCAUAUACUAUUAUGUUUGGUCCUGAUAAGUGUGGUAAUGAUCAUAAGCUACAUUUUAUCUUCAGACAUAAAAACCCUAAAACAGGAGAAAUAGAGGAGAAACAUGCUAAGAAACCCACCGCCAACAUAGAUAGUUAUUUCUCUGAUAAAAAAACUCAUCUUUACUCUUUAGUUAUCAAACCAGAUAAUACAUUUGAAGUUAAAAUUGAUGGUUCAGUUGUAAAUAAAGGUAGUUUAUUAGAAGAUGUCAGUCCACCUGUGAAUCCACCUAAAGAAAUAGAAGAUCCAAAUGAUAAGAAACCACAAGAUUGGGAUGAACGAGAAAAAAUUGCUGAUCCUGAUGCCUCAAAACCUGAUGAUUGGGAUGAGACUGAACCUGAAACUCUAGUAGAUGAAGAUGCUGAGAAACCAGAAGGAUGGUUAGAUGAUGAACCUAAAUUAAUACCUGAUCCUACAGCUGUUAAACCUGAUGAUUGGGAUGAUGAAAUGGAUGGUGAAUGGGAAGCUCCAUUGAUAGACAAUGACAAAUGUACCUCAGCACCAGGAUGUGGACCCUGGAAAGCACCUGUUAUUAAAAAUCCUAAAUAUAAAGGAAAAUGGUUUGCUCCAAUGAUUGAUAAUCCAAGUUAUCAGGGUAUCUGGAAGCCAAAAAUGAUCACCAAUCCUAAUUAUUUUGAAGAUAUUAAUCCUUAUCAAAUGACUCCCAUUUCAGCUCUAGGUCUAGAGUUAUGGUCUAUGACAGAUGAUAUAGUAUUUGAUAAUUUCCUGAUCACUGAUGAUUUAGAUGUAGCCCAAACCUGGUCUCAAUCUUCCUGGGUUAUUAAAAAUAUGGAAGAAAAAGCUUCAUCCGGUGGUUUGAGUUCUAUAUAUAACUCCAUCAUGGAUAUAACUAAAGAUAGGCCCUGGCUCUGGGCUGUAUUUUUAGUUGUUAUAGCCCUACCUAUAGUACUUAUAUUAGCUUAUUGUUGUUCCAAUUCCAACAAGUCUGAAGAUAUAGAUGCUAGAAAGAAGAAGACUGAUGAAGCUUCACCUGAUGAUAAACCAGAAGAAGAGAAAGAAGAAAAUAACUCUAAUAUAGGACCUAGUGGAGAUUCAGCUUCUCCUAAAAAAUCUAAAAAAUCAGAUCUCGAAACUAAUAAAGUAAGUCCUAAACAGUUCUUAAUGUUGGUAGAGCAUUUCAUAUGUCAUAUGUGGCAACAUUCAAGAUAA